AUGAGUGAUCCGUUAUUGGCUGAUUUGUUAUCGUCGACGCCCGGUACGAGUGCCUCCCUGCCUGCUGAUACUAGUCGCGAGAUUGCCGCGUUAGUUGCUGAGAUGGACGAGAGAUAUUCGUUUGCAAGAUUGCUGUCCGCCACGCGUCCUUCUCUACCCGAUUCUAGCGCACGCGCUACGACUGUAGAUCACGAAAACGACGAGGAUGACGACAGCGACGGGGACGCGGAGGACGAACUUGUAAUUCGCCUCGUCGACAUAGACGUGGUUACCACAUCUAUCGAGAACAAAUCAGUUUCCGAUACAACAAAACUCGAUAUAGGUCAGCCUGAAAAUUCAGGAGAUGUAGCUCGAUCGGACGGCGGACAGGUUUUGCGCGGGGAAGUAGCUGCGAGCGGAGCCGUUGGAUUAGGAACUGACGAUGAUGAUGGCGUCGCUGCUGCAUCAGUAAAGGACGGCGAGUCGCGGGAAAAGGAGAUUGUCGAGGAUAAGAAGAAGCGGAAAGCGCAGGGGCAAGCGGAUGGCGAAGCGGCUGCAAAGGCGGGGGAAGUAGGGGAAGGGGGGGAAGCGGGGGAAACCAGAGGCGGGAAGCUUGCUCGUGUUGCGCCAGUGGCGGAGCCUGAAGCGCCAGUGGCGGAAGCGCGGGACGGAAAGCCUGCGCCAGCGGCGGAGCCUGAAGCGCCAGUGGCGGAAGCGCGGGACGGAAAGCCUGCGCCAGCGGCGGACCCUGCAGCGCCGUGGAGCGUAGGGCAUCCCGAGGGGCAUCCGCGCAGCCCCUUCCUGCGCCUCCACCAAGGCAAGCCUCCACGUCCCCCUCAUAACGACCGUACACCCUGA